AUGUUUUUAACAAGAAGUGAAUACGAUCGUGGUGUUAGUACAUUUUCACCGGAAGGUAGAUUAUUUCAAGUUGAAUACUCAUUAGAAGCCAUUAAAUUAGGUUCUACCGCUAUUGGUAUUCAAACCUCAGAAGGAGUGAUAUUAAGUGUUGAAAAAAGAGUCACUUCCCCCCUCUUAGAACAUUCAUCAAUUGAAAAAAUUGUGGAAAUUGAUCAUCAUAUUGGUUGUGCCAUGAGUGGAUUAACCGCCGAUGCUAGAUCAAUGAUUGACCAUGCUAGAGUUUCCUCCUUAACCCAUAACUUAUAUUACGAUGAAGAAAUUCAAGUUGAAAGCUUAACUCAAUCAGUUUGUGAUUUGGCUUUAAGAUUCGGUGAAGGUGCUGGUGGUGAAAAAAGAUUAAUGUCAAGACCUUUUGGUGUGGCUUUAUUAAUUGCUGGUGUUGAUAAAGAUAAAGGUCCUCAAUUAUAUCAUGCUGAACCAAGUGGUACUUUUUAUAGAUAUGAUGCUAAAGCUAUUGGUUCUGGUUCUGAAGGAGCUCAAACUGAAUUACAAAAUGAAUACCAUAAAUCUUUAACUUUAAAAGACGCUGAAUUAUUAGCAUUAAAGAUUUUAAAACAAGUAAUGGAAGAAAAAUUAGAUUGUAAAAAUGCUCAAUUAGCAAGUGUCACCGCUGAUGGUGGAUUCCAAGUUUACAGUGAUGAAAAAACUGAUGAAAUUAUUAAGGUCUUAAACGAACAACAAACUGAUGAAACUAAUGAUAGUUAA